UGGAGACCAAGAAAUUGGUGAAUGUACUAAAUAUGAUAAUUGUCGUCAUCACAUCAAAGAUAACCCAACUAUUAGAGAUGUAAUACCCGAUAUUGAAGAGCUAUUACGUGUCGUAGAGGUCUUAACCACAAAUUACGAUCAUCAAAUCAUACCUGCUGAUGUUGUAGUAUCAAUGUUUAAGAUUAAAAAUUUUCUAUUUGAUAGUAUCUUUUUAGAAAUGCAUAGCGAAUUAAAAACUUUAAAUGAUGAACUAAAUGAACUUUAUGAAGUUUAUCAACCGAAUAAUUUAAAGGAUGAUAGUGAUAGUGACGGUGAUAGUGGCAAUGACAAUAAUUAUGGUAUAGGUAAUAGGAGCAAAAAUAUAUCAUCUGAAAGUCAGGAAGAUGAUGUAAAUGAUAAUAUAAUAUCUGAAGAAGGCCAUGAAAAUAAU